GGCGCCGCGGGCGGCGAGGGGCGGCCUGCCCGCGGCGAGCGCUGGCGGGGUGCCGAGGAGCAGGAGGAGGAGCAGGAGGCCUCGCGAGCCGCAGCGGAGGAGCGCGGGCCCAGCCAGGGGAGCCUCGAGGCGCCGGAGGAGAGGAGCGCUCGCCCGGAGCACGGCCGCGGGCACGGAGCGUGGAGAGCGGCUGGCGCGGGCGGCCUGGCGAGGGCCGGGAGUGCGGCCGCCCUGCUGCGGGGCAACGCGCGCAUCGCCGAGGAGUGCGAGGAGCUCCGCGAGCGGCUGGCGAGGGUGCGGGAGGAAAGCCUGCGCAUGCAGGACGCGUGCCCGGCUCUCGAAGAGGAGGCGCGGCACGAGCGGCGCGAGUGCCUGAGACUGCAGAGGGAGCUGGACUCCGAGAAGGCGUGCAUGGAGAGAUUCGAGGACGACGCCGCGAGCCUGCGGUGCGAGGCGGACUUGGCCAACAGCCGGGUCACUGAGCUCCAACGCGAGCUCGCAGAGGCCGAGGCGCGCAACGCCACGCUGGAGGAAGAGUGCGCCGUGGCCGCCGCGCAGAGCGACCGGGCGCGCGCCUCGGCGGCGCUGGCGCGGCGGCGCCUCGCGGCCCACUGCCGGCGCUCGCCGCCCUGCGCACUGCCGUGUGGAGUCACGCGCGGAGCGUGGACAGCAGCCUGCAGCUGCUCGAGCGUGCGCUGGCAGAGGCGCGGAGGAGGAGGAUGGCGCGCCCCCCGUCCGCGCGCCCGGUGCCGCAGCCAUGGGCGCAGCGCCGCCGCCCAGGUGCCGAGCAGCCUGGACGACGGGACGCCGACUCAGGACGCGGACGCCGCGGCUGGCCCACUCGGAGCGAACGGCUCCCUGGGCCUGGCCGCGCCGGCCGCGGGGGCGGAUGCGGGCCGCCCGCCCGCGGCCGCCCUCGGAGGGGCGCCCGCGGCGAGGCCGUCGUCAUCUCCAGCGUCGUCCGCAGGGGCAGACGCACCGCCGCACGCGAAGCGCCGCCGCAUCCCAGAGGCCAUGGGCGCAGGGGGCUCUGGCGCGAGCCCCGGCAGCGGGGGGCGGCGGCAGGGCGGCGAGGACGGCGCCGCGUAGCGCGCGCGGGGGC